AACAAGCAUCUUCUGUUUCCGACUGUCCCUGAAGGCAGCAUCUGCUCAGUCAUAAACAUUUUGGGCUGCAGUGAUUGGCUAAAGUCGAGCCGUGUCAACGUGAUGCGUCUACAUACUCCCACACACAACUUGACAGCUGCAUAACAUUGCACUCGCUGGAGCGGGUCUCACCUGGCUGCCCUUUGACUGUCCCGUCCGCUCGGAGUUCAGUUUUUCAGAUGAGACCUGGAGGAGAGAUGGCUUCUCAGGAGACUUUUAAGGACUUGGGCUGCAGUUCGUCCGAGGAGGACAGUAAUCGCGCGGACUUGACAGAGGCUACGGCAGAGGAGAAGACGUCUCCGGUGGUGCGCCGGCAUCACCCGUUCAGCGUGGAGGCGCUCAUGGCCGGGAGGAAGACUGACGAACGCGGCGGAGAGUCCACCUGCGGUAAACCGGAGGGCGGAUCGGUGGUGGUGUCCCCCACAGGAUUAAACUCUCUGUAUCUGUGCCGGGAGACGUGCAGUCCUCCUGGGGGAAGCAAGAGGUUAAUGGCUGCGCCUUCGUCGCCGGUAAAAUCUGAAACAUCGGAGUCGGAGGACUGCGCGCCAUGGGUCACCAACAGCGCCUUUUCCGCACAGCCUCGUCACGUCAAUCCCUCCUGUCAGUUGAGGAAGCACAAGACCAACCGAAAGCCCCGCACCCCUUUCACCACGUCUCAGCUCCUGGCCCUAGAGAGGAAGUUCAGGCAGAAGCAGUACCUGUCCAUCGCCGAGCGGGCCGAGUUCUCCUCCUCCUUGACCCUGACAGAGACCCAGGUGAAGAUCUGGUUCCAGAAUCGCCGGGCAAAAGCCAAGAGGCUCCAGGAGGCCGAGCUGGAGAAACUCAAGAUGGCUGCUGAUGCCAAGACGGCAGCAGUGGCGGCCGCUGCUGCUGGAGCAUUACACCCUGGCUUUACGUUACCGCUGUCGUUGGGCGCCAUGUCACUGUACGGACAGUCGUACUCCGCCUACCACCAACACCACAGACCCAUUCUGCCCAUUUCACCUUUAGGACUGUACGCUGCUCCUCUGGGCUACAGCAUGUACCACUUGUCAUAAAAAUGGAAAUAUCACUGACUUUGGUGAAAUGUGUUUCAGUACACUUCCCAGGAUUCCCAAUAAUGGACAUGGAGGACGUGUGACUGACAUUUAGUAAAUAUAUGUUUAUGUUAAUGAUGCACAAGGAGUGUUUGAAUGAACUUUCCAAGCACUUCAAGUCAAAUCUAUUUUUUCCCACAGCGAGGAUAAAAAACAACUUAGAUGCCCUCUUGCUCCCUUUGGACUGCCUGUUUACAUGACUUGUCUUUUUAUGAGGAGGGGCGUCUGUCCAGCUGUUUAUAUUCUUCUCAUGUUUACUUCUGCAAUAAUUGAGCUGGGCGAGGACUUGCACUGGGCACAAACAAUACAGACUACAACUUAACUUUCACUUAAGCCUUUCCCGUCAUCAGAUAAAGUGCCUUGUGUUGAAAAAGGGCCUUAAUAUCGAGACACUUUGUACACUUGUAUGGAUGAAUGAGUGUUUCAGCAACUCAGGCCAAAUAAAACAUAUCACUUUAACAGCAUUCGUUUAAUUCUACAAAAAAUGAGGUCUUCAAGACAGUAAGCCUCAAAUUAUUCAUCACAGUGAAAACUUUCACGCCAUUGUAAUUAAAACUUUGUUAAUGUUUUAUCUCUCGUAGCAAUAAAAACCUUUUGAUCACCCCCACCCCCCCACCCCCCAUUUCCUUAUCACACAUGAAUAGACUCUAAACAUAUUUAUUCUCUUUGAAAUAUAAUGCUGGAAAUGUGCAAAUGCCUCAUGUUGUGUAUUUAUGUGAGAAUAUGGUACAAAAGUUCUGACCAAAAUUGUAUUUAUAUUAUUGUUCUUCUUGAAUCAUCCCUUUGAAAGGGUUUACAUUAUGCUAUGCAGUUUAUAUAUUAUUUUUUUUCCACUAAUGUUUUAUUCAAAUGGACAAAACAAAUAAAGCCUUUUCAGACUUCUUCCUUUAAAUAAAUGACAUUUAAUUAUAUGUGUGAAAAAUGUAAUAGAAAUAUGUAAACUUGUGCAGCUACAUGAGUCAUUUUAAGUAAUUUACCAAUGAAACCAGCUGUUAGGCCUUUUUUUUCCCUUCAUGUUCAGCCUUGUGCAGAUACAGCUGCUCUUCGUGCGUGUGUGUGUUCGUGUGGUUAAAUCCAGUGUCUGUGUUUCCCAUCAGACAGUGGUCAGUUCAAGGCAAUGUUUGACAAACCAUAAACGAUACCCAUAAAUUAUGCAACUUCGCAGAUAGUUCCCGUUCUUACUGAGCUGUCAUUAACCACUAGUCAAACUUUUUAUUUUAUUUUUUUAAAGCAGAGAUACAUUUUAUAUAGCGAUGCUUUGUUUGUGUACGUUUUCUCUGGCAGUCUUUAUCUCUGUAUUUAUGACGGCAAUGAGUCAUUUAGGUCUCCCUGCAUUUACGACAGUAGCGUGAGAACUCACAACAGCAUUUAUCUCUAUAAUUAGGCAGUUGGGUUGACAAUUAAUAAAAAACUACCUCGAACUACUGUCUUAAAUUUUACCUCUCUAAAAUCUUUUUUUAAAAAGUUUUAAAAAUCUUACUAUUAAUGACCACUGUUGACAAAAGUUUUGAAUUUAGCCAAAUUCUGCCAGACCCCUCAGGGUGAGUUUGGUGGGGUGUGGGGCAGCUAAAAGGUGCCUGUGCUUUGUUGCAAUUAUGAGAGCAGCUUACAACUUCCGUGUGACUUUGAUGUGACGAGGAAAUCGUUUAUAGGCAGCAGCAUAUUUAUGAGGUUCCCCUUUAAUCAGAACAAGGCGGAGAGGCCAAGCAGGCAAAGGGAACUGGCAGGCAAGCAAGUAGCUUACAGAGGCAAGCAAUCAGCCUAAUGAAGUGCAGAUUGGCAGGAGUGGCUCCAAGUCUCUUGUGAAGCAUCGAGUUUGUGCUACUUACUGGAGGGGUGUUAUGUUUCACUGGUGAAGAAUUUCAUAAAUUGUCUGUCUUUGUGCUUGUAGGGUUGUCACUGGCACUGAGGAUCUGUUUUUGUCAUUGCCAGUUCCCUUCCUCCGACAGUGAUUGGGCAUGCUUGUGGUUCAGCAUGUUACUUAAAGACAACAUGUGACUCAGCCCUCCUCUGUUUGCAAGUCAUGUGCAUGUCUCCUGCCUCCUCUAGUGGCUGUUUGUUAUAUAGCAUCAUGGGAAAAAAUGUCCUUGCUCCUUCGCCCUUGCUGUUCUGUGAAGCACCAUGCCAGUAAAAUUGGUUUGAGUUUAUCAGGCGUACACUAUACAAACAAAACAAACAAAAGGCAAUCAAUUGAUUAGAUUGUGAAGGGCAGUCUGUCAACAAUCUUUAAAACUUUGGGUGAACAUAACAAAUAAACUCAGAUUGUGCAGCAGCUCAUUCUUGACAGUGCAGAACACAAUUGAUGGUUCUAUAGUUCAAGAUAAAUUCCCAUUAACUUCUUUGCAGAAUGACAUCUAUGACACUCCAACUGCAGGACAUUUUAGAGAAAAUAUGACUAGUUUUUUCUAGAUGAAAUAUGACUAGAUAUGAUGAUGAUAUGAUAAUAAUUUUGGAAUUGUGCAGUCCUUGAAAACCUCAUAA